UAUAAAGUCCAUCUCCUUCCCCCCUGCCUCUCUUGUGGAUUUCUCAAAGCUUUUCAAUAAUGGAAGGUGUGCUUCAUUUACAAAAGCAGCUGCUUGAUUACACACUCUCACUCUUCAAAGAGGGAUAUUUGAAUGAUGAAUUCAAAGAGCUUCAAAGUUUGCAAGAUGAGAGCAAUCCAGAGUUUGUGGUGGAAGUGGUUUCUAUAUUCUUUGAAGACUCUCAAAGGCUUAUCAAUGAACUUGCUAAAGCUUUAGAUCACAAAUGUAUUGAUUUCAACAAAGUUGAUGCUUAUGUUCACCAGUUGAAAGGCAGCAGCUCAAGCAUUGGAGCAAACAAAGUGCAGAUGGCUUGCAUUCCUUUCCGCACCAACUGCCAGGACAAGAAUAUUGAAGGGUGUCUGAAAUGUUUACAACAUGUGAAGGAAGAAUUUGCUUCGGUGAAGGACAAGUUCGAGACUCUCUUCAAGCUAGAGCAACAGCUUUUGGAAGCCCAUGCCUCAAAUCCAAUGUAACAACCAACCAAUCAAAACACAAGAAAUAAAAGUCAACGGGAUUUUUGACUUGUAAUUAUUAUUAUUAUUAUUAUUAUUAUUUUUUUUUUUUGCCUUUUUGAAAUAAUGUCAUAAUUUUUUUUAAGGAUCCAAUUUUCUAAACCCUAGAUCAGCUCGGGUUUAUUGUCA